AGCAGCAGCUUCGGCUCGGCGCGGUUUCCUUCAGCGGCAGCUUCGGCCGGGCUCCUUUUGGCGGCAGCUUCGGCGGGGUUCCUUUGGCAGCGAUCGCGGCAGCAGCAGCUUCGGCAAGGCGCGGCUUCCUUCAGCGGCAAUUUCGGCAGCAGCAGCUUCGGCGGCGGCUUCUCUGCCGGCGCACGUGGGCCUCCGGAGGCUUCCUGUGGCCAGGGUGGCUGGGCGGCAGCGAGCCCCCCCCCCAACCUCAUUGAGAGACAGGGAGGCAGUGGCGGCGGGCAACAAGGCCUAGGCGGCGAGGAUCCUGGGGCAGUCACGACGAGGCGGCAGCGCAGGAUCGGAUCCAGCACGGCGAGGACCACAGGCUAGGCGGCCUUUGGCCGGCAACUUUUAAAUUUAAUUGUUAAUUUUAAUUAGCGCGGGGGUAGGUGGGGCACGACCCAACCAUCAAUCCUUGCCACGUGCAGGGCAAUUAGGCUACCCUCCAGGAUAAUUGGGUGCCGGGUGGGGGUAUUGAUUAAGCAGGCGGGCUCCUUCACAACGCUUUGUAAUCACGUCGUUUUGCAAGCGGGGCCCCCUAUCUCCCUCUAGUAUGCCUAAGAAAGGACAAGGGGGGCCAAAAGGGAAGGGAAAGGCCCCCAGAGCAGGGGGGAGAUGCCCACCCCCAGCGGCGGAGGGGGCAAGGAGUGGGGAGGGGCCACCAUGGGCGGCCAUAUUAGCCAGGUUGGAAGCCCUAGAACAUGGCUCAAGCCACCCUAAUGCACCCCGGGACCAACCUGUGACAGGGAAGAAGAAAGACCCACCACCCAAACGGUCUCGGGGGAAAACACAGCGGCCAGUGAACAGUGCUGAUGCAGGGGCUGUUGCUUCCAUCUUAGCGCGACUGGAUGUGCUGGAGGCCGGGCUCAGGGCUGAGGCGAGGACGCCCAGCAUAGAGCCAGGCGCAACUCCCACCCUGCAAGCAGCCCCAACAAUGCAGCCCGCACAAGGACCUUCGGCGGAAAGCACACAGGAUCGCUGGACAAGAUCGGAGCAGCCACGCAUCCUCCUAUGUGGCCACAGUAUGAUGUUCUGGGCAGGCCGCAGGGCGGCGAAGUCUCGCUUCGGCACGCAGCUGGGGCUCAGUCAAUGGGCCGCAGUGCGGUGGCUGGGACGUCGGGGGAUGCGUUGGGAUGGGCUCCUGCCAGCCUUGUUUCAACCGGCUGUGGAAGUGGCAGCGCCCCAGGUGCUGGUGAUCCACCUCGGGGGCAACGACUUGGGUCUGUUAAAGGGCAAGGCCCUAAUUGAACAGGCAUGCGGUGACCUCCGGGCCAUUGCACGUCGCUGGCCGGGGGUGCACUUAGUGUGGUCAGACAUCCUGCCGCGCAGGAGGUGGAAUUGUGCCGGUGACCCACGAGGGAUGGACAGGGCACGGAAAAAGGUGAACAGGCAAAUUCAGAGGGCCCUUAGGGACUUAGGAGGUUCUGUCAUCCACCACCCAGAGGUGGGCCACAACAAGCUUGAGCUGUUUCGGCCUGACGGCGUCCAUUUAACGGACAAGGCCUCUAAGCUGCUAGCUGUAAAAGAUCUGGUUGUGGUGCAGGACCUUGACUGA